AUGAAGGCUACUAUCGCGACCCUGCUGGCCGCUGCCGUUAUGGCGCGUGCCCAGGUGGCUACCACCUCGGAACCUGCCCUCACUCAGAUCGCUGCGGCGGCUGCUACUACCAAGCCUGAGUCCCCCAUCUCCGACGUCAAGGGCCUGGCCUUCGACCGCUUCUACCAGGUCUGGCUGGAGAACAUUGACUACGAGGUUGCCGCAGCCGACUCCAACCUGCAGUGGCUGGCAUCCCAGGGUAUUCUGCUGACCAACUACUACGCUGUCACCCACCCGUCUGAGCCCAACUACUGUGCCGCCGCUGGUGGUGACACUUUCGGCAUGGACAAUGACCACUACCACCAGGUGCCUGCCAACGUUUCCACCGUUGCUGAUCUGUUGGACACCAAGGAUAUCUCGUGGGGCGAGUACCAGGAGGACAUCCCGUACGCCGGCUUCCAGGGCUUCAACUACUCCAACCAGGAGACCCAUGCCAAGGACUACGUGCGCAAGCACAACCCCCUCAUGUUGUAUGAUUCCGUCGUCAAGAAUGAUACUCGCGCUCGUCAGGUCAAGGGCUUUGAUGCUUUCUUUGCCGAUCUCGAUGACAAGAAGCUUCCUCAGUGGGCGUUCAUCACCCCCAACAUGACCAAUGACGCCCACGACACCAACAUCACCUUCGCCGCCAAGUGGGAGCGUAGCUGGAUGUCCACUCUGUUGAAGAAUGACUACUUCAUGGACAACACUGUCGUUCUCCUGACCUUUGAUGAGGAUGACACCUACCACAAGACCAACCGGAUCUUCAGCAUCCUCGUUGGUGGUGCCAUUCCUGACCACCUGAAGGGUACCAAGGACGACACCUUCUACACCCACUACUCCACCAUUGCCUCGGUUUCUGCCAACUGGGGUCUCCCCUCUCUCGGUCGCUGGGACUGCGGUGCCAACAUCCUCGAGUUGGUCGCCAACAAGACCGGCUACGUCAACUACGAGGUUGACAUGACCAACCUGCGUCUCAACGAGACCUACCCCGGGCCGAUGGCUGAUGGUCAUUACGCAAAGUUCUCCCCCGUCUGGCCCAUCCCGGCUACUGAGGCCAACUGCUCUGCUGGUCACGGUAUCCUUGAUAUUGUCAAGAAGACCUACGCGGGUCUCCAGGCCUCCCACAACUACACCACCCCCUUCCCCGUUGACUCCAAGAAUGACUACAACACCAAUGUCACUAUUACUCGCAAGCCAUCGAACUCCACCACCACCACUUCGGCUGCCCCGAGCGUCCACACUACCAAGUCUGGUGCUGCCGUUGCUGCCACGGCCCCCAACAUGGCCAUGACUGGUGCUAUGGUGGCUCUUUUUGCCUAUCUCAUCUAA